AAGCUGAUAGCUGGAGAGCCAGGCACCACGCUCCUGCGUUUGCAGAAAACCAGACUCCAGCUCUGCCUGGGCCGUGCUGGGUGAUCUGCGACCGCAAGUCCAUGACCAAGCCCUCUGAGUGAUCGACCUGCCUUCGAGUCCACCCGAGGGGUCCUGAAGAUUUCCCUGGGAAAAGGAAAGGAUGCCACUCUUCUUCCGGAAGCGGAAGCCCAGCGAGGAGGCUCGGAAACGCCUGGAAUACCAGAUGUGUCUGGCCAAAGAAGCGGGGGCAGAUGACAUUCUUGACAUCUCUAAGUGUGAACUUUCAGAGAUUCCAUUUGGAGCUUUUGCAACGUGCAAAGUUCUACAGAAAAAGGUGUUGAUCGUCCAUACCAAUCACCUCACCUCCCUGCUUCCCAAAUCCUGCAGCCUCCUGAGUCUUGCAACCAUCAAGGUUCUGGAUCUCCAUGAUAAUCAGCUGACAGCCCUUCCUGAUGAUAUAGGGCAGCUGACAGCCCUCCAGGUAUUGAAUGUGGAAAAGAAUCAACUGACACAUCUUCCACGAUCCAUCGGGAACCUGAUCCAGCUUCAGACUCUCAAUAUUAAAGACAAUAAGCUGAAGGAGCUUCCAGAAACCAUGGGGGAACUUCGAAGCUUACGUACUCUGGACAUCAGUGAAAAUGAGAUUCAGAGAUUGCCACAGAUGCUGGCUCAUGUUCGAACCCUGGAGACGCUGAGCCUCGAUGCCUCAUCCAUGGUCUACCCUCCUCAGGAGGUGUGCUGCGCUGGCACCACAGCCAUCCUGCAGUUCCUCUGCAAAGAGUCAGGACUGGAAUACUACCCCCCUUCUCAGUACCUGCUGCCAGUUCUGGAGCAAGAUGGAGCUGAGAACUCACAGGACAGCCUUGAUGGGCCCAGAGACAGAUUCUUGAGGGAGGAAGUGGAAUGGCAGAAUAGGUUCUCAGACUAUGAGAAGAGGAAGGAACAGAAGAUGCUAGAGAAACUCGAGUUCGAACGACGCCUGGAACUGGGGCAGCGUGAGCAUGCCCAGCUCCUGCAGCAGUGCAGCAGCCAGAAGGGCGAGAUCCUGCAGACGGUCAAGGAGGAGCAGUCUCGCCUGGACCAGGGCCUGAGUGAACGCCAGCGCUACCUCGAUGCAGAGCGGCAGCGGCUGCAGGAACAACUGAAGCAGACAGAGCAGAACAUCUCCAGCCGCAUCCAGAAGCUCCUGCAGGAGAACCAGAGACAAAAGAAAAGUUCUGAGAUUUUGAAGUCACUGGAAAAUGAAAGGAUAAGAAUGGAACAGUUGAUGUCCAUAACCCAGGAGGAGACUGAGAGCUUGCGGCGACGCGAGGUUGCUGCCGCCAUGCAGCAGAUGCUGACCGAGAGCUGUAAGAGCCGGCUCAUCCAGAUGGCCUACGAGUCUCAACGGCAAAACUUGGUCCAGCAAGCCUGUUCCAGCAUGGCUGAAAUGGAUGAGCGGUUCCAGCAGAUUCUGUCAUGGCAGCAGAUGGAUCAGAGCCGAGCCAUCAGCCAGAUCCUGCAGGAGAGUGCUAUGCAGAAGGCUGCAUUUGAGGCCCUCCAGGUGAAGAGAGACCUGAUGCAUCGGCAGAUCAGGAGUCAGAUUAAGUUAAUAGAAACUGAGUUAUUGCAGCUGACACAGUUGGAGUUAAAGAGGAAAUCCCUGGACACAGAGACACUACAGGAGAUGAUCUCAGAGCAGCGCUGGGCCCUCAGCUCCCUGCUCCAGCAGCUGCUCAAAGAGAAGCAGCAGCGAGAGGAAGAGCUCCGGGAGAUCCUGGCAGAGUUAGAAGCCAAAAGUGAAACCAAACAGGAGAAUUACUGGCUGAUUCAGUAUCAACGGCUGUUAAACCAGAAGCCCUUAUCCUUGAAGCUGCAAGAAGAAGGCAUGGAGCGCCAGCUGGUGGCAUUACUAGGGGAGCUGUCAGCCGAGCACUACCUGCCCAUCUUUGCCCACCACCGCAUCUCACUGGACAUGCUGAGCCAGAUGAGCCCUGGGGACCUGGCCAAGGUGGGUGUCUCAGAGGCUGGACUGCAGCACAGCAUCCUACGGAGAGUCCAGGAACUGCUGGAAGAAGCCAGGAUCCGGCCAGAGCUGAAACCACCCAAGGGUGAGCCUCCCACAGCCCCCCUGGAGCCUGCUGAGUCAGUAAGGCCAUCAGCACCCCCUGCAGAGCUGGAAGUGCAGCCCUCAGAAUGUGUCGUGUGCCUGGAACGAGAGGCCCAGAUGAUCUUCCUCAACUGUGGCCAUGUCUGCUGCUGCCAGCAGUGCUGCCAACCACUGCGCACCUGCCCGCUGUGCCGCCAGGCCAUUGCCCAGUGCCUCCGGAUCUACCACAGCAGCUGAGCACUGCCAGACGCCUGCCGGGCCAGCCUUCCGGCCCCACCUCAACCCCUGCAGGCCCGGGGCACCUGCUUACCCCAGGUUGGCCAGACUGGUACCAGGCUACUCUGCCUCAGGGCCCUUCCCCACAGCUGGGGAGCCCCACCUUGAGCUCCAAACAUGCCUUGGCCAGGUGGGGAUGCCCCCGACCCAUGGCAUUGCUGGUCUGAAUACUGUAGACCAGAGAGAGGGGCCUGCUGGAGCCAACAGCUCUAGGCUACACCCCUACCCUGUGUCUUGGCCAAGGUGUGGCUCUGCCCCAUCCCAGCUUUAAGGAGCUCAGGGUCCCCACCUGCGGAACAUGCUUGGUGCCAUCACUCUCUGCACAUGGAGGGCGAGCAGGAGAUCCUUGGUUGGGCAUGAGGCGUGGUCACUGGGAAGGUGUGCAGCGCAGGUCUGCUCACAAGUGGCACCAGCCCCACUGGGUCCCCCUCUCUGCUCUCACCAGUGUACUGGGCUCCUCACGCUCCCCACAGCUGCGCCCUCACCCCAUGCAGCUGACCCAAAGCAGGAACUUCAAUAAAUCCAUCUCAGCGUC